AUGACGUGUCUUCAGAAGUUCAGCGCACAUAUCGUGUCGUUUUUAGUGGGCAAGGGGCUGCUCACCAAAAAUGUGAUAAGGACCUCGGAGGGUUCCUGCCAUCAGAAUGCCCUGGAGUUCGCCCACGCCCUGGCCUCCUUCAUCCGUUACCAGUGCAUCAAUGACCUCAAAGUGUGGACCAGCCACAUGAAGCGCACCAUCCAGACGGCGGAGGCAUUGCACGUCCCCUACGAGCAGUGGAAGGCGCUGAACGAGAUUGACGCAGGUGUCUGUGAAGAAAUGACCUACGAAGACAUCCAAGCCAGUUUUCCAGAAGAAUUCGCCCUGAGGGACCAAGACAAGUAUCGAUACCGCUAUCCUAAGGGGGAGUCAUACGAGGAUUUGGUGCAGCGCUUGGAACCUGUCAUCAUGGAGCUGGAACGACAAGAGAACGUGCUGGUCGUUUGCCACCAAGCUGUCAUGCGCUGCCUCCUCGCCUACUUCCUGGACAAAAGCGCAGAGGAACUGCCGUACCUGAAGUGCCCACUACACACCGUUUUGAAGCUAACGCCUGUGGCCUACGGCUGCGAGGUGGAAUCGAUCUUCCUCAACAUCGAGGCUGUGAACACACACCGGGAACGCCCACACCAUCUUUCCUACCAAACUAGCCAGUCCCCCUUGUACCGGCACUACCGCUCCGUGCCAAUGGCCAGCCCUGAGCCAACCAAACGACCCUGCUGGAAAGAUCUGGGCCGGUCCCCUCCCCCCUGCCUGUUUGGCCCUCAGAACGUUGAUGUCACACGAGAUCCUGAGGAAGCCCUGGACACUGUGCCGGACCAUUACUGA